AUGAAAUUCACACAAAUUGACAUUGAUCGCUAUUUCGAUCGCAUUCAUCUACCCUUGAACAUAAGGCAGAAAUUCGAGCAUUCUGCAGGCGGAACCGAUCCUGAAUGUCAGCUUCAAGCAUUAACAUCGCUGCUGCAUUACCACCUCGGCGCUAUACCGUAUGAAAACAGCUCGCUACAUUAUAGUCGUCAUCAGGCGAUUGAACUGACUGUGGCAUCGAUUUAUGAGAAAAUUGUGCAUCGUGGACACGGUGGUGUCUGCACCCAAGUCAACACCUUGUUUUCUGAAUUAUUGAUUGCGCUGGGUUAUAAGCUUUACACGACCGCAGCGCGAGUUAACCGGGCUGCAAGUGCGGCAGCAGUGAACAACAACUCAGCAAAAACUCGGUUUGGUACUUUGUCACAUAUGCUGAUAAUCGUCGACAUCAAUGGCCAAGAGUAUUUGGUAGACGCCGCCUUUGGGCCUCAUGCCCCAACCGUCCCCGUGCCCAUGAAGGAAGGCCUCGAAUUCACCGAUAUGGGGUCACGGAGAGGCCGGCUCAUUUCUGCCCCUCUAGAUCAACAUAGGGCGCAGCAUCUGAAACACUGGCGCCUUCAGUUUAGAUGGAAAGAAGAAUCGAUAUGGAUGGACUCGUACGCUUUUUCCGAAAUUGAGUUUACAAGCAACGACUACCACGCGUUGGAGCGCCAAGCCAAGACAGACCGGCGUAUGUGGUUUAUGACUCGUGUCAUGGCUUUUCGGCAUUUGCUUGAUAAAGAAAGUGCUGCUCCGAUUGGUUUCAUCAUGUUGUGGGAAAAUGAGCUGAGACGGAAAGUGCAUGGUCAUUACGAGACUCUGGAUCUUCAUUCCGAGGAAGAGCGGAUCUCUGUUCUGGAAAAUCUUUUUGGGGUUUUCCUUGACGACGAUGAGAAGGCGGAGAUUAUCGGUACGGUGUCUUACAUCAAGCCGAAACCGCGCACAUCGUGCACGGUGUUGAGGAGAUCAUCCGGGAAUGACGUUGAGAAUACGGAGAUUAAGAGCAGGCUGUAA